CGACAUUUGACCCUAAGAUAAGAUAAGGCAUACUUAUAAGUGUAUGAAUAUUUUCUCCGUGUUAUAAAAGUCAAAUUGUUUGUACAUGUUAUAUAUAUAGCUUAAAAUGAUGCUAUGGAUAUGCUCUCUUUCCUUGACUCUCAUAUGGAUUGUCAAUGGAGAACCAACAUGUAUGGAAUCUUCAUAUGGCACUGACUUUAUAUUCAGCAUAGCUGAUUUACCAUACUACAGAAGUACCCAUCCCGAGGAUCCAGAUAUAAGUUUACAUAUAACAAGCAAAAGAUCAACUUAUUUCGACAUGACCCUACCAUCUCUUGCAACUGCCAGUAAGACGCCAAUCUAUUUCACUACAAGAUACCGACUGUACCAUACUGGUGUAUAUAAUCUUAACUCGACAUUCAUAAACAGGUACAGCGACGUUAAUUCAAGAAGUUCCAUCAGAAUACAUGCCGAUUAUCCGAUCUCAGUAUCGGCAGUGUAUUCUUACAAUAAAAACUCACCCUCUUAUGAUUUAAAUAACCACAUAUUGCCGGUUAACACCCUUUCAACCACAUAUGUGAUACCGUCCUAUCCAAACAAUAAGGCAACUUACAGCCAGAAUCAACUCCUUGUUGUUGCACUCAAUGAAUCGACGACAAUACAUAUCAAACAUUAUGGAAUAUCUAAAUACCAGAGCCUGCACGCAAAUGAAACAUUUAUUUAUAAAUCAUCGUCCGAUAUAAGUGGUGCAUCGAUCACAAGCAACCGCCCUGUUGCAGUGUUUUCAUCCAUGGCAUCUGGAUACAAUUAUCAUUCCAGCACAUACGGUCAAUCACGUAAUCUUUUAAUGCAAGUGCCACCAAUUACUCAAGGAAGCUUUCAUUUUAUCGUUCCGGCCUUGCCUUCGUUGGUCAAAAAUUACAAGGUUCGUAUAUACUCUACACACACUGGUGCUUUGGUUGAUAUAUACUCCACAUCAGAAAGUGUGAGACAUAUGCAUGUCUAUGAAAACAUAUACUAUGAAUAUAGUACAAAAGGCUCGAGUGCACUAGAAGUAUUUUCUGAUAGCCCAAUUAUGGUGGUACAGAUAGCAGAGAAUUCUCAUGGUGCAGCGAUGUUUAUGACCAACAUUCCGGCCGUGUCACAGUAUAUGACGUCAUACUUAACAUUCUCUACUCAUUCCCAUUACAUUGUCAUAGUGAGGUACGAAGAAGCCUUGGGCUUGUUAGUUGACGGAUCGCCACUACUACACAAUCCAGAAGUGGUUGCACACAGAACACCGACGGGAAAUUUCACGUUAUUCACGAUACCCAGUACGUCAUCAAAUGACGUUGUGUCACAUAUUAGCGAUGAACCAUUUGGUCUGUUUGUCUUCAACCAAGGAAGCAUAACUAGCUAUUCAGCAGGCAUGAACUUCGAUACAGAUUGCGUUCAAGCGACGUCAGCAAGUCAGAUCAUAGGUUAAUAAAUGCGGGACUUGGCUGUGAGAAUAUAUGAAAAAAGAUGGUUUAACCUUUCCUUUUAUGUAAAAU